GGCUGCGGUGCUCACCGGCUUGCUCCCGAUUUGCCGAAACCCCAGCGGUGACCGUGGGCUGAGAAAGUCGAUGCUUCCGUUGGUUCCUGGCUGCGAGUGGAGACACUGAAGGGGCUGGACCCGCCGGGGAAGAAAUGGCGAGGACGGUGAACGAGAACGGGUGUGGAGGGGAAACACAGAGCCCGGAGCCGCAGGGACCGGGCCGAGGAGCGGCCAGAUGGGGCCCGCAGCACGCCGGGGCCCGGGAACUGGCCACCCUGUACUCGCCAGGCAAAAGAUGUCAAGAGUUGAUCAGUGUCGUCCUCUGCUUCUCUCUCAUGGCCUUCAAUUUCUUUCACCUCCUUGCCAAUUUCCAUCUGGGGCAUUUGUGGUACAUUGUGUUGGGCAUUGUGGCAGGAAUACUCACCGCAGACUUUGCAUCAGGACUUGUUCACUGGGGGGCCGACACAUGGGGAUCGGUAGAUCUACCCAUCUUUGGAAAGGCCUUCAUACGACCAUUUAGAGAGCACCACAUUGACCCCACAGCCAUCACCCGUCACGACUUCAUUGAGACCAAUGGUGACAACUGCAUGCUGACAAUUGUCCCUCUUGCUCACAUGGCCUUCAACUUCCUCACCUUCUCCCCUGCGGACAUUUACCAUUCCUACCCCUGGUAUUGCUACUUAUUUGCACUAGCCAUCUUUGUGACCCUCACCAACCAGAUCCACAAGUGGUCGCACACGUACUUCGGCCUUCCUCGUUGGGUCGUGUUGCUACAGGACUGCCACAUCAUCCUCCCCCGCAAGCACCACCGCAUCCAUCACGUCUCUCCUCAUGAGACGUACUUCUGCAUCACCACAGGUUGGCUGAACUACCCACUGGAGAAGGUUGGUUUCUGGAGGAACCUGGAGGAUCUCAUCCAGGGUGUGACUGGCGAGAAGCCCAGGUCUGACGACCUGAAAUGGGCUCAAAAAGUCAAGUAACGCUGCAGGCUUACUGCACCCUACCUCAGAAGAUGCUGGCUCCGUCCAGGCUUCUCAUCCCCUUUUUUGCCUCACUUAAACUGUAAUUCAUAGGAAGGAAAACUAACAAACAGUUUCUGAUGCCAUAGCUUUAAGUCUUGCACAUUUUGUCUGUUUUUCAAGAGGAGGGCUUUGUCGAUUGAAUCUUUCAUUACUUACUCAUGGAGAUCAUUGUUUAAAAUUGCAAUAUAUCUUUAACUUACUGUAUGUUUAACACCACUCAUCACUUUUUUGCAGAGACUUACACAGGUUUUUGCUAAGAGGGGUUGGUUAGACGUAUAAUUUAAAAUCUCUGUCCAAGGAGAUUAAAGCAUUUUCCUCAAGUCAGAAGAUUCAAAUGAUCCCAUGAAAGAAUACUUGAACGCUUGAACACUUGCCUUUUUCUCCUCUUUCUCCUCCAGAGCCACAACUGUUCAUUUAGAGAGUUGAUGAAUCUUUUAUUUAGCACUUCUUUAUUUUCUCUGGAUCAGUCAUUUUCCUCUCCACCUUAUUAAGGGUCUAUUUGAUUUGAAGUAUUAAAAACGGAUUUAGGCCAUAGUAAGCAGUAGGGCUGGGUGUUACAGGAUGCUUUACCAAUGUUGAUAGCUAAAGAACAAAUCAGUUGAUUACUGUUACAUUUCUUGACUGUUUUAAAAAGUGAGGUGAUGACAAGAUUAGUGUUUUCUUCAGUAUUAACAGUUCCCUUUGUUGAUUCUAGUGACUCACUAAAAGUCACAAUGCAGCCAGUUCAAUAGUUAAGUAGACCUGAGACAAUGACUACAGUUACCGUGUCAGUGCCACUUAACAGCCAAACUAGACACCAGCAUGAUAGACGACACGACUGAGAAGACACAUUUUACAAAAUAAAUAAAUUGCUCAUAUUGCUGUCAGAUACUAAACAGACAUUUUCCCUUUGAAUCUGUUGUUUUUUUUAGAUAUCAUUGGUCACAAACACAGAAGAUGAGAUAUUUUUAGGCUUCGUGGGGACGUACAGUAGUUUAUUGUGAGCAAGUCUUAUGGAAAUCACGUAACUGUAGUCAAUGUGGCUGCUAGACAAUUAGAAAAUAUACAUAUAUAUAUAUAUAUAUAUUUAAUGCUGUUGAUGUGCUGAGUCAUUCUGUCCCUAUACUAAAUAGUCUUUCCAGAUGAUCACUAUGUCCAGGAGAAAAGCAUUGUUUGGUAAAGAGAUAGUUCUAUGGGAAAGAGGCAUGUGCAGUCUUGUCUAGUUGCCUUAUCGCUCUGUAAAUGCAGCUCUUGUGUCUUUCCUUGUUGCUCUGUUUCUGUUUUAAUAGCAGAACUUCUUCUGCAUCUGUCUGGGGUUUGUGUCUCAGUCGGACACAGAUCCUGCAAACUCUUGUGCAAACUGCAUGUGACAUUUACUCCAUUUACACGUGGCAUUAGAACACGUUUUGCUUGAUCGGGUGGUGCUUCACCACUUUAAAAAUACAGACACCCAAGAAGCAUUGAGGACGGAUUGUGAUCUGAUUCCCUGAACCCUCUCUGGAGGUUGCCAAGGACACAUUGUGACCAUAUUGAACACAAGUCUUCAUGUCAUUGUGUUGUUAGUCCACAUUCAAUGACUUCAGGGGUGGAAAUAAUAAUCUCACAUGACUGUUCUGAACCAGCAAGGUAGCAGCAGCUCAGCAGUUAGCAGCAAUGAGCCAGUAAACACAACCCAGAGCAGACCUCUCCACCUUAUUAUUCACGACACCUGUGGAUUGAGUGAAGACGGGACUUAUUGAAAAGCAAGCUUUUUGUGCUGUUUGUUGAUUUCGUGGAACUUUGCAAACGAGAGGAAGAUGUGACGUGAGCUGGACACAGCGAUCACAUCUCAAGGUUAAUGCCUGGUGUAAACGGAGUAACUGUUUCUGUUCCUCACAAGUGAGAAGUAACUGUCCGUUUCAGAGCGAAACAUUCCCAGUGAGUGAUGUCGCUACAGCGACUAACGUUGCCAUCUUGGUAACUGUGGCGAGUGGUGGUGGUGAUGUUACAAGGGCUUCAGUGCAGGUUGACGGGGCAGGACUUUCUUCACUCCUACAGAUGAGAUUAUGUAAUUAAAUUAAUUGGUUGAAAGUUUUUUUUUAGAUGCUUUAGUUACUAAUCUGUAAAUGUAUUGUACAGCAAAUAACUAUGCAGUGUAAUAAGAGGCCCUUAACUAUACGUCUUAACUCAUAUGAUUAGAUUCAAAUGCCUUUCUAUUUUUAAUAGUUUACACAUAUUUACUUAGUUGGAGAACUGGAGUUCUAAAAUGUAUCUACUUAAGGAACUGCAUGACAAAAUUAGUUUGACUAAUAAAGAUGUCACUUACACACGUAAGAAUGCAUGUGUAGAGCAUGUCGGCUUGUGCAAGCAAUACACUGCGUCACCAGCUUUCCUUUUGAGUUUGUUUAAAACUGACCAAGAAGGAUCAUGCUCACUCCAAAUGAAAUUAAUUUUUAACUCAAAACAUGACCCCAAACUUUGACCAAAUUGUCCUGAGUUUGAAGAACCAAAAUUUUACCUUCAUUCCAGGGAAAGCAUUAUUAAGCUUCUGGUGUUAAACUUUAAAUAGGUAAUUCAAUUAUAGUUACUUAACUUUGAAACCAAAAUUCUGUUUUGUAUCAUGUGAUAUUCCAGUUUUUGAAUCCUUUAUACUUGAUUAGAUAAAAUUAUUCAGCAUAAAUCAGCAGCAGGAGUACAUGACAGAUUGCAUUGUACUUGUAGAGUAUUGUGAGAAGCAGUUCUGUGUGCGCAAGUAGAAUAUUUGCUGGUAAAUGAAUGGCGUUAUGUGUUUCUGCAUCAUAGUUUAAGGCCUACGUACAAAAUCUAGACCUGCUUAUUCUUUUUUGUUAGAGAAUAUCAUUAAGGGCAGCGGUUACUGCUGUCAGACACUUUGCAAAUUCAUUUUCUAAAGAGCAAGGUUCAGUUAAUUGCCUUUUUAUGGUGAUAUAUAAAAGUAAUGAUAAGUUUUUGUGAUACUGCAAAAUAAGACAGCUAAGAUUUUAGACCUGAAUGACCAUGAUUCGUUUGGACAUGGACAAAAUAGACUUUAAAAAACACGUUGAUACUAGAAUAAUCUUUGCUUGGACACAGACUUAUUGCUAUUUAAGGCUGUAACAUGUAUUGACUUAUUCUUCAUUCUUACUCUCCAGAUGAUCUCAGGAUUGUGGUUAAGAUGAUUAAAGUAGUUUAAUAUGAAUUUGUAAAAAAACAAGACAAAACACCCCAAUGAGUCAAAGUUAAGGCUGUUAUUUAUUAGAUAAAAGUUGUUUCAAUCACUUAUUUCUUUCAGAUUCUUAUGGCAAUAUAGCCAAACGAUUUUAAAUACAGAAUAGGUUCUGUUGUAGCCAUCUAUCAGUGCAGUUAACUUGGCCUCUUGUUAUUGAGGUAGAGCUCAUGAUUCAACUGUGUGUGGUUUUUCUGCUUAGAGACAAUGGGCUUUCAUUAGUGGACUUGAAGGAUAUUUUGUGACAAUGUGUGGUUAAUUUAAUGUUGUUCCCACUCGAAACUACUUUGUGGAAACAAAAGAAGUUGUCAGUAAGUGGGGUGGGCAGUUAUUGUUGGUAUGUUUGACAUGCUGUGUUUGGUUUUGUAAUGAUCCUUGGACUUUUUAUUGAAUGGCCUUAUUCUCUCCCUGAUUAAAUUAAUGUAAAUCUUGCUGACGACGUGGGAAAAACAAUUCACUGGCUGACUUUAAAUUGCCCUUCUUUUGCCUCUCAAUUCUUCUGAGGCAAGACCCUUAUGGAUGUUGUAGUUGGUUAUAUUUGCUGGUGGUGAUGGAGUUUUAGAUAUCAGAAUAAUGCCUCGAUGCCUUUUUGUUCUCUUCCAUGUGGGAGACUUACAAUGUAUAUAUUAAACUGUAUUUAUAAAUAAACUAAAAUAAACAGUUGAUUAUUGCUGCUU